UCUAGUAACAACUAAAAACAACUAUUACAUAUAGUGCUCACUGCUCCGCAACAAAUAUAUCUACAUCUAGUGUAGAACUUGCAUUACUUAGACAUUCACGUCUGAAUCUGAAUCGGACUCAAAGUUAAACACAACACACAGUUAUUACAAUUACAGUUUACACAGUGUUGUGAUCAACUUUACUACAACACACAGUACAAAAGUGGCCUAUUUUAACAAACAGUUAACACACUUUUUAAAUACGUGCAAAUAUAAAUGUGCUACGUGCAUUGUUGACAAUAAACAGUCGAGUGACAGUUCACCCUCAAAAUGUGUUCGAAAUUCUUAUAAAACUUAAAAAGUGAACCUUUUUUUUUUUGAUAAGUGAAGUGUUGUAAAAGAAUUUUUUUUCGAAGGCGAAAGUGAACAAUUUAUCCAAAAUUGAUUCAACAAAGACAUCAACUCCUUCGCCACCACCGCAAAACGGUGCUGAUUGGUUUAAAAUCGUGCAUUACAUUAUCGAAAAUAAAAAAAUGGAUACACAACAAUCAAAUCAACAGACAGUGUUUGCACCAUUUAAUUCGCAAACAUCGACACAUCAAGAUGUUUUAAGACAACAUAUGAUGGUAGCUGAUCUGGUAGCACGCCAACAAAGCAACUCCCCGAUAAAUGGUGAGACUCCAUCAUUGAAUUCAACAAUGCCAAGAGAUCAUAUGGAGCAACGUGAUCGUGACCGAGAACGUGAUCGAAGUUCGGAUAGUAUGUCAAUGCAUGGCCAUCCCAACGGUGGUUUUUUAAAUGGUCAUGACAUGGGACCAAUGUCACCUUUAUCACCAAACUCUGACAGCUAUGAACUGAGCCAACAUCUCAAGCGAAAAGAAUUGUUUUCACAACGGAAACAACGUGAAUUCAUACCAGACAACAAGAAAGAUGACAGUUAUUGGGACCGACGUCGUCGGAAUAACGAGGCAGCAAAACGAUCACGAGAAAAGCGUCGUUUCAACGAUAUGAUCUUAGAACAACGCGUUGUUGAAUUGACUAAAGAAAAUCAUGUAUUAAAAGCACAAUUAGAUGCAAUCAAAGAGAAAUUCGGUAUUUGCGGCGAUGCGAUUAUCAGUGUGGAUCAAGUGAUUGCAACAUUACCGACCAACGAACAAGUUUUAAAUAUUACAAAACGACCAAAAUUAUCAAAUGGUAACGGUCCACCAAUGCUAUUCUCACAAAAUUCAAAUCCAUUACCACCGUCCGUUGUCCAUCCAAACAUGGUUGGACCAUCGUUAAAAUCACCGUCCCCACAUCUAGUGUAUCCAUCAGCAGUCGCGGAUCACAUGAAUGGAUCAUAUCCGCAACACAACGAUGACACAUCUCCCCAACAUUUUGCCGCGUACAGAUUUCCAUUAUUACCUGCGCAAUUUGAUAUGAAUAGCAAUAGUGCCUUAAAUUUAUCAAGAACACGAUCUCGAUCACGUUCUCGAAGUCGUGCUCAAUCCCCUUACGAAAUAUCAAGUGGUUCUGGUGAUGAAUGUUCUGCCCCCGUGAACCAAUUAGAACCCAACAAUAGUUUACCAUUAAAGUUACGACAUAAAUCACAUCUAGGUGAUAAAGAUGCGGCUAACGCCUUACUUGCACUACAAAAUAUCAAACAAGAACCUAAUUCACGAGCAAGUCCACCAUGGGAUGCUGAAGGUUCCAGUGAUGAACGUGAUUCUGGUAUUUCAUUAGGCGCUGAAUGUAUGCACCUACAAAAGAGACUUAAUUCAGAAGACACCGACCCAGAAAAUAAAGUGCAUUUGGAAUCCGAGUUAGCACGACUAGCAUCCGAAGUAGCAACUUUAAAAUCUUUACUCAUACAAAAUAAAACUCAAAAGGCAAUAGGAGCAAUUCUCAGUAGUAGCAAUUCUACAAAUGCUAACCAAUAGGGAAAAUUCUAUUCAGAAAAGUAUAUUUUUGUAUUUUUUUAUACCAAUUUUUCAUGAAAAUUCUAUGUGUAGAUUACAUAUAUAUAUAUAUAUAUACCUAUCGACUCUAUUGUGUGUGAUAUUUGAAAAACAAAAAAUUAUGAAAAACUAUAUUAUGAAAAUUUAUAUUUUGUUAUUCAUCAGUUGGUAGCUCAGGCAGUCUGACUGCUACAGCUAAAUAAAAUACUAUUUGCGCAA